CGAGUCCGUUCUCGACAUAUCAGGGUUUGACAAAGAGCUUCAGUGGUUGCUGCUGGAGGACAUGAAGGUUCGUUCUUAGUGCGGAGAGGACCCCUGUCUCUGUCUCCAUGUCCAAACUACACGCGCUGAGACUGUUGCUCAGACAGCGAGUCGACGCUGAAUCGGUUCUGAUCGACGGAUUAAUCUCUGCUUAUGAGGAGGAAAUCCAACGUUUGAGAGAAAACGAGCGACGAUACAAGCUGCUGGAUGCUGUGUUCAACCCGACAGUCCGACUACACCGAGCAGAUGUUCAGCAGCUGUUGCCGAUUAAAGCAGAAGUUCUCAGUCAGUGCCAGGAUGAGGACCAGGAGUCCCUCCACCUGAAAGAGGAAAAUGAGGAGAUCUGGACCUGUCUAGAAGGAGAGCAAUUUGACAGGCUUGAGGUGAACAAUAUUAACAAGUUUCAAUUCAUUGAAGUGACUGUGAAGAGUGAGGAUGACGAACCUCACAUUGCACAGCUUCAUCAAAGCCAAACAGAGGACGACAAUGAGGAGGAGCUUCCGGACAGAAGAUUAGUUACACAGAUAAAAACAGAGAAGGAUAGAGAAGAGUGUAGUGGAUCAGGACCAGCUAAGAAGCUAAAGCUACAAAUUCCUUCACAUCCAUAUACUAAUAAGGAAAAGGCUUCAGAAUUAUCUGAGUCUGAAAUGAGUUAUGAUUGUCAAGAACCGUUGUCAGAUUCUGGACCUGAAAGUCUAGAUGGGGACAAUGUUUGCAAGGAGGCUAGGGCACCAGAGUCUGCUGCACCUGCCUUGAAGCAUAAGGAACCCUUUGGAUGUCAUGUGGGUUGUAACAUUGGUAACAAACCCUUUAGCUACUUCAAGUGUAGUAAUCGAUUUUACUACAAAGGGUUCCUUAAGCGACAUAUGAUCUGUCAUUUUGGGAGAAAAUCCUUCAGUUCUUUGGGUAGUAAGAAAUGCUUGAGAGUAAAGCAAAAAAAGUCACGACCAAAAGUUUUUAGGGAGAAACCACAUGGUUGUGAUAUUUGUGGUAAAAGAUUUACGGAAAAGACAAAUUUGAGGAAACACAAGAUGGUCCACACAGGGGCUCGAUUUAGAGAAAAGAGAGUUCUAAAGGGGCACCAGAGUAUCCACACUGCAGAGAAACCAUUCAGUUGUGAUGUUUGUGGGCGUGCAUUUAGACGCAGUGGAGAUUUGAAGAGACACCAGAUGAUUCACACAGGAGAGAAACUAUUCAGUUGUGAUGUUUGUGGUAUUAGAUUUGCAGAAAAAGGAAAUUUGACAAAACACCAGAGGAUACACAGCAAAGAGAAUCCAAUCAUUUGUGAUGUUUGCGGCAUUAGAUUUACAGCUAGGAGAAGUUUGAACAAUCACCUGAGUAUACACACGGGUGUUAAACCAUUCAGUUGUGAUGUCUGUGGAAAACAUUUUAGACUAAAGAAUAAUUUAAAAACCCACCAGAAAAAACAUACAGCAGAGAAACGAUUCAGUUGUGAUGUGUGUGGAAAAAGGUUUCUAGAAAGUGGAAAUGCAAAAAAACACUACAGAAUCCACACAGGGGAGAAACCAUUCAUUUGUGAUGUGUGUGGGAAGAGAUUUCAAUUUCGGGGAAAAUUGGUUAAUCACCGGAGAAUCCACACAGCAGAGAAACCAUUCCGUUGUGAUGUUUGUGGGACAGGUUUUAGACAACCAGAUUCCUUGAAGGCCCACCAGAGAAUCCACACAGGAGAGAAACCAUACAGUUGUGCUGUUUGUGAGAAAAGAUUUACAGAUACUGGAGCUCUAAGACAACACAAGAGAAUCCACACAGGGGAGAAACCAUUCAUUUGUAAUUUGUGUGGGACUGGAUUCAGAUUUCACGGAAAUUUGACUAGUCACCGGAGAACUCACACAGGAGAGAGACCAUACAUUUGUGAUGUUUGUGGGAAAAGUUUCACAGCAACUGGACCUCUAAAAAACCACAAGAGAAUCCACACAGGGGAGAAACCAUUCCAUUGUGAUGUUUGUGGAAAAGACUUUAGAGAAAGGAGACAUUUGAAAUGUCACGAGAAAAGCCACACAGGAGAGAGACCAUUCCGUUGUGAUGUUUGUGGAAAAGACUUUAGAGAAAGCGGACAUUUAAAAUCUCAUGAGAAAAUCCACACAGGGGAGAAACCAUUCCGUUGUGAUGUUUGUGGAAAAGAAUUUAGAGAAAGCAGACAUUUGAAAUCUCAUAAGAAAAUCCACACAAGAGUCACCAAUCCGUUGUGAUGUAUGGGGUCUAGAUCUACAAUAUAGGGAACUUUGAAUAUAUCACCACAGAAUCCGCACAAGAAAUGAACUGUUCCUUUCAGUUGCUCAAGGUUUUAUUUUGCUUAAAACCAUAGCGUUUGUUAUCAUUCUUGAUCGUUCUCAUGUUAUUUAAAGAAUAUGUCAAAAAAAAUAAAUUUGAGUGUUCAACAAUGUGAUGUAUCUCCAUUAAAAUCACAGUGGGUCUAUCAACCUAGUACAAAAAAAAAUGUAUUUAAAAUGUUUUACACCAUGUAAUGUUUUACAAUCUACAAUAAACAUUUUCUUUCAGUC